UACACUGAAAACCAUUCGAGAUAUAAUAAUGUUAUUGUAAUAUUCUAGCAGCCUAUGAUUGGUCAAGAGUUUCUAGAUUUUGACUCAUUUUCACCAUUCAUUCUAUAUAUAAUUCCCCAUAUUUUUUGAAAAACCAAAGUGUGAGGAUAUUGAGACAAAGAUCAAAGAUUCAUAAUGAUGAUAAACUCUAGGAUUAUGAACAUCAAUAUAUGGUUUGUUGGUUUGAUUAUGUUGUUUGCUAUGACACAUGGGAGAGGAAUUGAUUCAGAAUUUAGAGUGAAAGCAGUUAGUCUUGGUGGUUGGUUGGUAACUGAAGGUUGGAUGAAACCUUCUCUCUUUGAUGCCAUUCCAAAUAAAGACUUUUUGGAUGGAACUGGUCUUCAGUUCAAAUCAGUGACAACAGGGAAAUAUCUAUGUGCAGAGUCUGGAGGAGGCACUAUUCUUGUUGCAAACCGCACAAGUGCUUCAAGUUGGGAAACAUUUAGAUUGUGGAGGCUAAAUGAGGAAACUUUCCGGUUCAGGGUUUUCAACAAACAGUUUGUAGGCUUAGAUGAGAUCAAAGCUGUUGCAGUUACCAAUAGUUCCACUGAGUCUGAAACUUUCCAUAUUGUUAAGCAAAAUGAUAAUUCAACCCUUGUUCGAAUCAAAGCAUCAAAUGGAUACUACUUGCAGGCAAAAUCAGAGGAGUUGGUGACAGUUGAUGUUUCAGAGGUUAGAGGAUGGGAAGAUAAUGACCCAACUGUUUUUGAAUUGACAAUUGCUGCAAGAUUGCAAGGUGAUUUCCAGAUAGCAAAUGGUUAUGGCCCUACAAAAGCUGCACAAGUUAUGAAGGAGCAUUGGAGCACUUUUAUAGUUGAAGAGGAUUUCAAGUUCAUAUCUAGUAAUGGAUUAAAUGCAGUUAGAAUUCCAGUGGGUUGGUGGAUAGCAAGUGACCCAACUCCACCAUGGCCUUACGUUGGAGGUUCAUUGCACUCACUAGACAGUGCUUUCUCAUGGGCCCAAAAAUAUGGAUUGAAAAUCAUUAUUGAUCUUCAUGCUGCACCUGGUUCUCAAAAUGGUUUUCAACAUAGCUCGACAAGAGACGGAUCACAAGAAUGGGGAAAAUCAGAUGAAAACAUCCAACAAACUGUUGAUGUUAUAAGUUUCCUAACUGCAAGGUAUGCAAAAAGUCCUAGCCUAUAUGCAAUUGAGCUCUUAAACGAACCACUGUCUCCUGGUGUGACACUUGAGAUCUUGAACAAAUAUUAUAAAGCUGGUUAUGAUGUGGUGCGGAAACACUCGACCACGGCUUAUGUGGUUAUGUCGAAUAGACUUGGACCAUCAGAGCACAAGGAACUCUUUCCUCUUGCUAAUGGUUUUACGCGGUCCGUGAUUGAUGUCCAUUACUACAACAUUUUUGAUGAUUCGUUUGAAAACAUGACUGCACAACAGAACAUUGAUUUUAUUUACAACAACCGCUCAUCAGAUUUGAGUUUUAUUACAACAUCAAAUGGUCCUCUUACUUUUGUUGGCGAAUGGGUUUCUGAUUGGCGAGUUAAGAAUGCUACGAAGGAAGACUUCCAGAGAUUUGGCAAGGCCCAAAUUGAUGUUUUCGGUCGAGCAACAUUUGGUUGGGCUUACUGGGCUUUUAAGAAUGCAAACCUGCAUUGGAGUCUUGAGUGGAUGAUUAAUAAUGGUUACAUAAAGCUUUAGAAAGUUGUUUCUAUAUCCUAAAAAAAUAAAAUUAGAUUCAACUUAGUUUUGGGACUUGUAGUUCUUUGUGAUUUUUUAUGGGUUCUUUGUGAUCCACAAAGGAAGAAACAAAUAGAUUGUUUCAUAAAGAAGAUUGAAAAUAGUGAUCCUUACUAGAAAUGUAUAAUUCGACUGUUGCUAUCACGGGAAUCUAUAUUGAAUCCAAAAAAAAAAAAAAAAUUUAGUAAAUC